UAGAUUUAGUAUCAGUAACACCAAAAGAAAUAGAAAUCGAGCUGGACUUUUUUCAAAUUCCACGACCAACAUCUAUUGAUAAAAUUGCAAUUACAAAAAUCAGAAAAUUAAUUAGCGCGUUCAAUGAAUUAAUUAGUAAAGUUGUAGAAAGUUAUUUGAAAGAAUCUUCCUUUAAAAUCGAUAUUGAUGUACUUUUUCUUAGUAAUGGACAAGCUACAGUUCAUGCUUUAUUAGAAGAAAAUUUAUCGGAU